AGAACCAGAGCUGGCCUGCAGACAGCCAGUCAGACCAGCUCUGUACGAGCAGAUAGUGGUCUUCAGGAGGUUUUAGAUGAACAUAGGCUCAGUCUGAGGAGGAGAUGUGAACGUGUGACUGAAGGAACUGAUGAAAGUGAAACCCUCCUCAACAGCAUCUUCACUGAGCUCUACAUCACACAAGGACAGAGUGAAGAGGUUAAUACCCAACAUGAGGUGAGGCAGCUGGAGACAGCUUCCAAGAAAGAGACCCUCCAUGAAACUCCAAUCAAGUGCCAGGACAUCUUUAAAGCCUUACCUGACCAACAGACUCUCAUCAGAGCGGUCCUGACCAACGGAGUCGCUGGAGUUGGAAAAACCUUCUCAGUGCAGAAGUUCACUCUGGACUGGGCCGAGGGUUUGGAAAACCAAGAUGUCCGUCUGGUGAUCCCGCUCUCCUUCAGGGAGCUGAACCUGAUCAAAGGUGAGCAGUACAGUCUUCUCAGGCUGCUCCAUGUUUUCCAUCCAACCUUACAGAAGGUCACAGCAGAGCAGCUGGCUGUCUGCAAAGUGCUGCUCAUCUUUGACGGCCUGGAUGAAAGCAGACUUUCUCUGGACUUCAGAAACAAUGAGGUUGUGUCUGAUGUCUCACAGCAGUCCUCAGUCAACGUGCUGCUGACAAACCUCAUCAGGGGGAAGCUGCUUCCCUCGGCUCUCGUCUGGAUAACUUCCAGACCUGCAGCGGCCAAUCAGAUCCCUCCUGAGUGUGUGGACAGGGUAACAGAAGUACGAGGCUUCACUGACGCCCAGAAGGAGGAGUACUUCAGGAGGAGAUCGAGUGAUGAAGACCUGUCCAGCAGAAUCAUCUCUCACAUCAAGAGCUCCAGGAGCCUCCACAUCAUGUGUCUGAUCCCAGUCUUCUGCUGGAUCACUGCUGCAGUUCUGGACCACAUGUUGACUACAGACCAGAGAGGAGAGCUGCCCCAGACCCUCACUGACAUGUACUCACACUUCCUGCUGGUCCAGACCAAGAGGAAGAAGCAGAAGUAUGAAGAGGGACAUGAGACGAGUCCACAGCAGCUGACGGAGGCUGACAAGAAGGUUCUUCUGAAGCUGGGGAGGCUGGCGUUUGAACAUCUGGAGAAAGGAGACAUCAUGUUCUACCAAGAAGACCUGCAGCGCUGUGGUCUUGAUGUCACCGAGGCCUUGGUGCACUCAGGAGUUUGUACAGAGAUCUUCAAAAGAGAGAGUGUGAUCUUCCAGAAAACAGUCUACUGCUUUGUUCAUCUGAGCAUUCAGGAGUUUCUGGCUGCAGUCUACAUGUUGCACUGUUACACCAACAGAGACACAGAGGUACUGAAGGACUUCCUGCACAGAGACUGGCCGUAUGAGAACAGUAACAACAGUGAUCAGGAUUACCCAUCCCUGGAUGUCUUUCUAAAAGGAGCCAUGGCGAAAUCCCUCAGAAGUAGAAAUGGCCACCUGGACCUGUUUGUCCGCUUUCUCCACGGCCUCUCUCUGGAGUCCAACCAGAGACUGUUAGGAGGCCAGCUGGGUCGCACAGACAACCAUCCAGAAAUCAUCCAGAGAGCCAUCAAUAACCUGAAGGAGAUGAGAAGUGAUGAAGUCUCUCCUGACAGGAGCAUCAACAUCUUCCACUGUCUGACAGAGAUGAAGGACCACUCAGUACAUCAGGAGAUCACAGAGUUCCUGAAGUCAGAGAACAGAUCAAAGAAACUCUCUGAGAUCCACUGCUCUGCUCUGGCCUACAUGCUGCAGAUGUCAGAAGAGGUUCUGGAUGAGUUUGACCUGAAGAAGUACAAAACAUCAGCGGAGGGGAAACUAAGACUAAUUCCAGCUGUGAGGAACUGCAGGAAGGCUGUACUUACUUACUGUAAACUCUCAGAGGCUCAAUGUGAAGUCGUGGCCUCAGCUCUGAAGUCUGACCCCUCCCAUCUGAGAGAUCUGGACCUGAGUCAGAAUGAUCUGGAGGAUUCAGGAGUGGAGCUGCUGAGUUCUGGACUAAAGAGUCCAAACUGCAGACUGGAGGCUCUCAGACUGAGUGGCUGCAGGUUGUCAGAGAUCAGCUGUUCUGCCCUGAUCUCAGCUCUGAAGUCCAACCCCUCCCAUCUGAGAGAGCUAGACCUGAGUCUCAACUACAAUCUGCAGGAUUCAGGAGUGAAGCUGCUGAGAGAUCUUCUGGAGAGUCCAGACUGCAGACUGAAGACUCUCAGACUGAGUGACUGCAGUUUGUCAGAAAUCAGCUGUUCUGCUCUGAUCUCAGCUCUGAAGUCCAACCCCUCCCAUCUGAGAGAUCUGGACCUGGGUGAGAACGCUCUGAAGGAUUCAGGAGUGAAGCUGCUGAGAGAUCUUCUGGAGAGUCCAGACUGCAGACUGAAGACUCUCAGACUGAGGAGCUGCAGUCUGUCAGAGAACAGCGGUUCUGCUCUGAUCUCAGCUCUGAAGUCCAACCCCUCCCAUCUGAGAGAUUUGGACCUGAGUCUCAACGAUCUGCAGGAUUCAGGAGUGAAGCUGCUGAGAGAUCUUCUGGAGAGUCCAGACUGCAGACUGGAGACUGAUCAGAAGAGGAGAGACGAUCAGAGCCACGAUCCAGAAGACCUGUGUCUCCGAUGUGGAACAGGAAGUGAAGACAGACACAAAGGUGUUUCAGAUCUUUCAACAAACCCUCCUCCAGGUCAGAUCCAGCUGGAUGAACACCUGUUCAGGUGUCCUGGUCCAGGUGAGUUCCAGUGUGCUUCGACUGGCCUGGUGUUCGUCAUGGCUCAGGAGGCGGAGCUUCUGUACAGGACGGUCCCUUGGGAUGAGAGUCUCCUCCAAUCAGCUGGCAAGCAGGCAGCAGGGCCGCUGUUCGACGUGAAGAGUUCUGUUGAAGCUGCCAUCUGCCAGCUCCACCUGCCGCACAGUGAGACAGAGGAGGUCUGGCUGAAGCAUGUACAAAACAAAACAACAGACAACAACAUUUAUAAGCCUGAGCAUCUUGGAGCCGCUGGAGGUCACACCCACUCACGUGGUGGUGAAGGUGCUUCACCUCUCUCUCUUUGGCCUGGUCUGCGAUAUCAUAAAAGGGUUCUGCUUCUGCGGAUAAAGGGCCAAGUUCUGGUGUUCCUUCAACCCCCGUUCAGAGAAGAUCAAAUACUGGAUGUAUUUCUGCUGCAGAAAAACGUCCCUAAGGAGGUUGUUAAACACCAAGGACAUGCAGUGCACAUCAAAAUCCCCCGUGACUGUGAGCUGGAACUGUAUAAAGGUUACAGUGUGCACUGUGUUGAGGGCUUCCAUAUUCAGCCUGAGCGUCAAGAAUUUGACUCAAGUUUUGGAGAAGAUUACAAUCCAACAUUUCAAGUUUUCGUGAAGACGGGCCCAGAGAGAGUGGCUUUGAAGGUCAAGGACCAAGACGGAAACGUAGUCUGGAAUUGUCUCGUGCCACUGGAAGAGAGCAGCGUCCCAGCAGAGAGCAGAGUCCCAUCAGAGAGCAGAGUCCCAGCAGAGAGCAGCGUCCCAGCAGAGAGCAGCGUCCCAGCAGAGAGCAGAGUCCCAGCAGACCAGAGGCUGCGCUCAGUUCGGACAGAGUUCAUUCAAAGAGUGACUCCAACUGUCCUGAACAACCUUCUGGAUAAACUCUUUGAGUCUGAAGUGAUCAGUGAAUCUGAAAUGAGGUUGGCCAGAACCAAACCCCAAAAUGACGGAGCACGAGAGGUGGUGGACGCGGUGCGAAAUAAAGGAGCUGCAGCCAGCAGGGUUCUGAUCAAUGCUCUCCGAGAGCUGGACCCGUAUCUUUACGAAGAGCUCAACUUGAGCUGAGGCAAAACCUUGUGGAGUGUGUGUGACAGUUGAAGUCCUGUCCUCUGUUUUGUUACCUGUACAUGUUUCCCCUUGUCCUUGAAGGUAACACAGAUUCUGAGCAAAGGCCACUUUCCUUCUCUCUUUUCUCCUGGACACCCUCCUGAGAGCAGCUACCCGUAUUGGCCUUCCUUUGGUGUUAGCUUGAGUUUUCUUUCAAGUACAUGCUUACUUUAUUACAUAAAAUACUUUAAUUUACCAGCA